GUAAGGCAUGCAUGCAGUGAUGCAUUCAGACGUACACACUUGCGAUAAGCCCUCCCGGUAAAAAAACAAAACAAAAAACAAACAAACUAAAAAAAAUGUAUAUACAUCAAAAAGACAGUCACGCUCAGAAAACCAGCGCUUCAAUUAAUAUUAAUCUUUCGUUGCCAAAGAAAAAACGGCUAUCAAGACAGUUACAUAUGCAGAGACCUUUAAAUGUUGUGACUAGUUCAGCAAAUCUGUAGUAGGCAUUAUUAUUUAUUUAUUUAUUUAUUUAUUUAUUUCUUAGCAGACGCCCUUAUCCCGGGCGACUUAGAGUCGUAAACAAAUACAUUUCAAGAAUCACAGUACAAGUAUUAAUUAAGAGCAAGAUAAACUAGAUGGUAACUUUACAAGUAAAGUUGUGGUGCUUGCUUUAUUGGGAAAGAGGUCAAAGUAUCUGAUUUGUGUCAAAAGUUACAUCGUUUGCAGUAAAUAGAAUGUUGGAAGUCUGGGAGUUUUUAAACAAUGGGGAGCUUUAGAAUGUUGAAAAAAGCGAAUGAAGAUGGACAAAAAAGGACAAAAAGCUUAAUAGUUUAAAAAUUAUAAAAAUAUAUCAAAAAGUUGUAUACAAGCACACUAUUCCAGACCGGUCUACACGUUUUAAAGUUUGAACGGCAUUUCUAGCUUAAAUGGUGUAAGAGGAGUAGCGUGCCAAAGAAGAAGAAGAAGAAGAAGAAUGUCGAAGAUUUAAAGUGGGGACUCUUGCUUCACUAGCCCCACUAAAUACAAUGACUUCAGUUCUAGUGGCAUAGCUCGUCCUUUGAUGACGAGGUCAAUGUGCAGUACCAGACUCAGCCUUUAGAUGUGUUGUGUGAUGAAAGUAACAACACCAGCUGUGUAUGCUUUGCUGUCCUGCAAAAUCAACUACAGUGGAUCUGUUCACAAAGUAUUUGCAGCUGCCAAAUCAGCCACUUAUAGCUACAGUACAAUAAGAAUGGCAGGGGCCAAGAGAGAAUUCGAUUGUGAAGCAUGUCAUGGUGUUUUUUCUGUUUGAUGUGUUUCCUAUUUAACACUAGAAAGACCAAGGUGGUCAUUUUGACCAUUUUUGGAAUUUAAAUUUUAAUUGUGAUGCGUGUGUUUAAGAUAUGGAGCUGUGCUUUCCUGGCUUUUCCUAAAUAUAUGUACUAAUUACCACGAUAAAGAAAGAAUCGCAUAGCUGCAAAAAUUAGUGAGAUAAAAUACUGAAAUACCUAUUCUGUCCAGGAGCGGUCAAAUUGACUGAUACAAAUAACCAUGAAAUGUUGCUGUAUUGUUUGUAUUUAUCAGUCAGGAUUUACCGCCAUGUAUUGAAGUUUGAUUAUAUCAGUCUGCAUUCCUCAAGUGAGCGUCUUCUGACAUUUCUGUUUUUUUAAUGAGCCUCCUGAUAGCCCAUCAAUCAACCUUGACUGACUGUGUGAUAGUCAAAGGACCAUAUGGACAGCUGGAAAUACAAAAUCAAAAUGCAUGGCUGAAAUCGUGGUGCACACAGGAAGGCUUCACCUUUCUUGAACAUUGGAGCACUUUCUACAACAAGGACUAUCUAUACAGGUGGGACGGACUGCACUUAAACAGAAAGGGAACCAAUCUACUUGGAGAAAGGAUCCUUCAGGCGGUACAGAAGCAUUUAAACUAGAAAGGAAGGGGGGAGAAAACAAAAAAACAGAAGGGAGACCACAUCAAAACAAGGGCAACAACUCAGCUUUCUCAAGUCCAUAAUGAACUGGCAGUACAAGCGCAGCCUGCCUUUCGAGGUGCGGAGAGCAGAGGGGGAGAAAAUACGAGCCAAGUACCCGGACAAAAUCCCAGUCAUAGUGGAAAAGGCACCUAAAUCUCGUGUUGCAGAACUGGAUAAAAAGAAGUACUUGGUGCCUUCCGAUUUAACAGUGGGUCAGUUCUGUUUCCUGAUUCGGAAGAUGAUAGAGCUGCAAGCUGAAGAGGCUCUCUUCUUCUUUGUCAAUAAUGUGCUGCCUCCCUCCAGCGCUACCAUGGGACAAGUGUAUGAGGAACACCACGAGGAAGACUUCUUCCUGUACCUUGCCUACAGCAAUGAGAGUGUGUAUGGCUAGAGGGACAGAAGACAAGGACAAGGAGAGAGACAGGGAGAGAGGCAGAGAGAAUGUGAUGUAACACACAGAUGUGUGCCCAGUAAAGAUAAUUAGGAAAUGAAAAUCUGCAUGAACAAAGUCCAUUACUCCAUAUUGCUGGUACUCUCAGUAUAGUACAGUACAGUUCUCCCAUUAUUCAGCAAUAUUUUAUGACAACAAGGUUGGAAACUCACACUAACCCUGCACCCAAUCCUGGGAGGUUUGCUGUGAAAGCAUUUGUAAACUGAAAAAGUGCUGCUGCCAAUUAUUUUACACAGUAUACAGGAAGCCAGCAGUGUCAGGGGGCAGCAGUCUAAAAGGCCCCACCUUUCUUUCAGUUUUAACCUCAUGCUUUAGGAACAAUGGGGACCUUUUUGACUGCUGCACCCUGACACUGCUGGUAAAGUCUUUGCUUUAUUGAUCAAACAUUGAUUAGCUGAAAAUGGAAGUUUAAAAAAAUAUAUUUUGCUGGGAAAAAAAUGUAUUUAGGACUUUGUGAAAUGGAACUGCGUGUCUUUCAGCUUUAUGUCCACAAUUGAGAAACCUGAUCCCAAACUCAAUACACAGUCAUAAAAACGUUCUGUCCUGUACAUAGGGCUAUGCUCGUGUGACCACACUAUGUAAAACACUACUCGGCAUGUCUAUAUAAAGUUCAGAUCUAAAGGCAUUGCCUGCUGUGCGCUGGACAGAGCCUGGUAGAACUACAGAAAUUAUCAAGCAUGUCAAUGGAAAGUUCUUAUAUAAAGGCUGCUGGCUUGAGUCUCGCUGUGCUUUUCCUAUGUACAGUAAGAUGCUGGCAUGACCAAAACACUAAAACUACAGCAACUACCCACAUGUUAAGUUAUACAAACACAUAAUUAGAGGAUUUAAAAAUAAUUGGGAGUUAAACCUGAUUUCACUGGACCUGACAGAUCUCUUUAUUAAUGAUGUGAAGCUAUCAAAAAUCAAGUAUAUUUCCUUAAAAAAUGAUCAUAAUAUAUAAAAAUGGAAAAGCUGAUUGGAUGGCAGUAUUUAUUUGUUAAAGAAGUGCUAACCAAUGUUUUAUUAUGCUGAAAAUCUUUUUUUUUCUGUUAAUUCAGGAAAAGCAGAUCCUUCAAAAACAACGGUCUGUAGCAAACUGCUGCAUCCUGGUACAUUUGCUGUAGUUUGCAUGUCUUGAUUGCAGCGAGCCCAUUGGUUUGUUUUCACUACAACACUUGGGAAGUGAUCCUGUACCAGGAAAUAGCAGCAACUUUGCAUCUAUCACGUUGUCUUUGAGAUCUGUCUGAUCCAAAUUGAAGUAUAAAAGGCAAGCAAAGAACCGUGAGAUCUUCUACAGAAGAAAGGGGGUGUUAGUGAUAAUGUUGCCAGUGCUAAUAGAAGAUUUGGUAAUAAAAGGUCAGAUAUUUGAUUUUAAAGAGGCUGUGUUUAGCACUCCUUUAAAUGAAACGUCACCUUGUUUUUUGAUAUAUUUUUCUCCCAGUGGAAAAGUGAAUUAAGCACUCUUCUGUCUCUCUCUCUCUGGCAAGUUCAAGUUCAAAUGCUUUAUUGGCAUGACAAGCGCUUUUCUGUCUCUGUCUCCUGCAUUUUCAAGAAUUCAGUUUCACACUGAAACUCAAGCUGUUUACUUGGGUGGGUUUUUUUGUUUGUUUGUUUUUUGUAAAACGUUAAUAAAAAAAAA